AACGGGCAGGGACGGUGGAGGGUCGGCGAGGGCGCGGCCGGCGGAGGCUGCGCUGAGCGCGGGCUGUCGGGGACCGCGGCCGGCCGCAGCCUCUGCGCGCCGGAACCGCUCCCGUUUCCUCCUUCGAUUGUAGUUUAUUUCUCGCGGGUUGGAGAUUUUUCUCAGCUUUAUUGAGAGAUGUCGAUCUCAGCUUUUGUCCGGGAAGGAUUUAAGCGGAGUGAAGGGUGCCGACCGAACCUGACCCGUGUUCAAAGUCGGCAAACGGCUGUCUGCUCCCAGUUACUGCCGGGACACCACAAAAGGAUGUUGUGAUAAAGCCUGACGCCCCAAGCACGUUACUUUCAGAGAAACAUGCAGACUAUAUAGCCUCGUAUGGAACAAAGAAAGAUGAUUACGAAUACUGUAUGUCGGAGUAUUUGAGGAUGAGUGGUGUUUACUGGGGGCUGACAGCAAUGGAUCUCAUGGGGCAGCUGCAUCGAAUGAACAAAGAAGAGAUUCUGGCAUUCAUCAAGUCAUGUCAACAUGAAUGUGGUGGAAUAAGUGCCAGCAUAGGUCAUGAUCCUCAUCUUCUGUACACUCUCAGUGCUGUCCAGAUUCUUAUCUUAUAUGAUAGCCUCCAUGUUGUUGAUGUAAAUAAAAUUGUUGAGUAUAUACAGAACUUGCAACAAGAAGAUGGAUCAUUUUCUGGAGACAAAUGGGGAGAAAUAGAUACAAGGUUCUCCUUCUGUGCUGCAGCAACUCUUGCACUCCUGGGAAGGCUGGAUGCUAUUGAUGUGGGGAAAGCAGUAGAGUUUGUUUUGUCCUGUAUGAAUUUUGAUGGAGGAUUUGGUUGUAGACCAGGUUCCGAGUCGCAUGCAGGACAGAUCUAUUGUUGCACAGGAUUUCUGGCUAUCACAGACCAGUUGCAUCAAAUAAAUGUGGACUUGCUUGGUUGGUGGCUUUGUGAACGGCAGUUGCCCUCUGGAGGUCUCAACGGACGCCCAGAGAAGCUACCUGAUGUGUGUUACUCUUGGUGGGUGCUAGCAUCUCUGAAGAUGAUCGGCAGGUUACAUUGGAUUGACAGCGAGAAACUGCGCUGUUUUAUUUUGGCUUGCCAGGAUGAGGAGACUGGAGGAUUUGCUGACAGACCAGGGGACAUGGUGGAUCCAUUUCACACCCUAUUUGGAAUUGCUGGACUAUCUUUAUUAGGAGAAGAACAAAUUAAGGCUGUCAACCCUGUCUUUUGUAUGCCAGAAGAUGUCCUUCAAAGAAUAAACGUACAGCCUGAGCUCAUAAGCUAAGUUUCAUAGAAGCAAAAGCUUGAUAUGCCCAGUUGCGUUGGUUUUGCUGAUUUAAGUCAUGCCAUCUCUGAAACUGUUAGCAUAUUCUUCUUGGAGAUAUGUUUACAUUGCAAAAGUAAAGCAAUAGCUUUGCCGUGGGCUUUGUCACUUUGUAAACUGUAUCAUAACGGGUUGGCUCCAAUAAUCUGAGUGUAACAUGUUCUUUGAUUGUAUAUAAAAGAUGUAGAAACAUUUCUAAUCUGUACUUAAAUAUAUGGGCAUUUUUGGUCUUUUUCUUGGAAUAUUCAAGUCAAGGCAGUCAUGUGAGUGCUUAAUGUUUAUAUUCCUGUGGUAUCAACUAUACUAGCAUCUGUCUUUAUACAAGUGUAUUUUAACGGUGGAUCACACAAAGCACUUUAAAAGAAUGUUAAAAGGAACCCAACCAAAUCUUACUUCAGGCAUUCACUUAAUUCCACACACUCCUGUGUUCUUCCCUUUCGCAUUUGCCACCACUUUUAUUUACCAAGGAACAACCUUUGUCUUCUCAUAGUAAUUGAUACCAAUGAAAACAAAACUUACAGUUCCAUUAACUAUGUCUUCAUUUACUGAUUAAUCCCUUAGACAACAUUUCACUGAUAUUUGACAUAGAGCAUUCCCUGAGUAUGUGUAGUGAAACUGCUAACAUAAGGCAUUCCAGAGAAGGUCUUCAGAGGACAGUGACUUGUAACUGAAUACAGAGCUGAUUGUAAAUUUGUUGCUGGCUUGAAGUCUUGCUUUCAUAGCUUUUAAGACAAUAAUUGCCACCACCUGAUUAUGAUGUAAUCCAGAAUAAAAUUAACCUUGGAAAAUA